AUGUUUCAGCUGCCCAUCUUGAAUUUCAGCCCCCAGCAGGUCGCCGGGGUCUGCGAGACUCUGGAGGAGAGCGGGGACGUGGAGCGCCUGGGCCGCUUCCUGUGGUCGCUCCCCGUUGCGCCGGCGGCCUGCGAGGUCCUCAACAAGAACGAGUCGGUGCUGAGGGCCCGGGCCGUGGUCGCUUUCCACACCGGCAAUUUCCGCGAACUUUACCACAUCCUGGAGAACCACAAGUUCACCAAAGAGUCGCACACGAAACUGCAGGCGCUAUGGCUCGAAGCGCACUACCAGGAGGCGGAGAAGCUGCGGGGACGCCCGCUGGGGCCGGUGGACAAAUACCGGGUGCGGAAGAAGUUCCCCCUACCCAGAACCAUAUGGGACGGAGAGCAGAAAACCCACUGCUUCAAGGAGAGAACCCGGCACUUGUUACGAGAAUGGUAUUUGCAGGAUCCCUACCCGAAUCCCAGUAAAAAGAGGGAGCUCGCACAGGCGACAGGACUCACACCCACACAAGUAGGAAACUGGUUCAAAAACCGCAGACAAAGAGACAGAGCGGCGGCCGCGAAGAACAGACUCCAGCAGCAGGUCCUGUCCGGGGGCUCGGUUCGCUCCCUGGCGGACGAGGACGGCACCGUGGACCGGCUUGGCAACUCGUCCAGCCCGGAGGCCAGUCUGUCCAGCAAAGCAGCCGCUUCCGCCAUCUCCAUCACCUCCAGCGACAGUGAAUGUGACAUCUGACGGCCACGACGAGGGUGUCGAUGAAUUACACGGGGAUACGACUGAGAGACAAUCGAAUAAAACAAGUCAUAGUGCCUGCGUUGAGUAACACAACAACACACACAUAAACUGAUAUUUGACGGGUGCCAAAUCUGUGAUCUGCGGACUUUUAGGCCUAUAUUUUUUUUUGUUUGCGUUUUACCCACGUGUGGAUAACAGAGCCUAACACGGACGACACACAUUUGACGGACUAAUAAACCAACGAGCCGAGAUGAGAAGUAAAGGAGAAAAUUAAAAAAUAAUGUGGGGGAGGGGGAUUGAGGCAUCCGAGCGCCUAACCUGCUGUUCUCUGUGGGUAUUUCAUGUUGAAAAAGAACUGUGAUAUUUUUACUUUACUUUCAAAGUUUUAUAAAUAAUGUUUAUUUGCCUAUUUAAAAAACGAUCUGCUCUUGUCUCUUGGAAUUUCAUAUUCAUUUGCUUGGUGUUUUUAAUACUUACCUUGUACACAGGUGAACCUGUUGAGCAUGCGCGCUUUAGUGAAA